CAGAUUCUGAAAGCUUCGUUGCAUGGUAUCACAUCCCUCCAUCACGCUUCCAGUGGCGGCGGUGCACAUACCAACUCCAUGAAAUGGAGCGUUCGGCAGGUCACACCGGGCUCCAUAGCUUGGGCUGCAGUUCUCGCAAUAUUCUUACUGUCUCCAGACACUGAAUUUUCGAGCGCGGGCAUUGGCAAGAGGUCAACGAUUAGCUACAAGGAUUUAUUUUUCACCUACAAGAAAGUUCUAGUGACCAAGUGGAAGACGAAGCGCAUUGUACAUAUUGUAAGUAAUAUCAACAACUACAUCUUCAAAGCUGCACGACCUUCGGCGUUGGAUUCUGCUGUACAUGAAGAUUUCACGGAUGCGAUUGAUCGCGCACUCGCAGCGCUUGACAUGGAAAGUUCGGACGAUGGAUCAGAA